AUGGCUACGGUUGAGGGUUCACUCUGGCUGGAGUAUAGUUUCCUGAAAGCAAUUUAUCUGGCCGCGGAGGUUACGAUGAAAUUCGGGGCUAUCAGCAACUCCUGGCGAAAUCAGCUUGACGAUACCAGCUUGGGCGACCUGAUUGCCCGGGCCCAGGAUCAGGGAGCCCGGCAUGUUGAACUGCGUCAAACUUGCCUGGCGGACGGUGAAUCGGGUACCGGGGACGAUUGGCGGCCCAAUUUGGAAACAUUGGCGGAAGUCGUGGUCCGGUUUCCCAGUUUGAGUUUUGACCUGGCGGUCGCUCUACCCUGCCUGACCAGCGAUAUUGACCCCAAGGGCGGCUUGUUCCAGUCGCAACUGGAGGCGGCCCGCCUGGUGGGCGGCGACUCACCGCAUUUGCGGACGGUCGAUCCCGCCACCACCGACGAACCGUGGGAAGCUCCAGCCGCCGUGUCAGAAGAGGUCCGGCGCAUCGUGCCGUUGGUUCAGGAAGCGGCCCGACAGGGAGUCACGUUCUCGAUGGAAAACUCGGGACAACCGUUGCGGUCGAUGGGUCUGCUGGUUCAGGAGGCGCGCUCCCAAAUGACGGAUAGCGCCGGCCAAUACCUGGGGUUGUGUCCCGACCCGACCAACCAGCUGCGACGGCAUCCCGACAGCAAUCCCCUGGACGAAUUGGCGGCUUUGCCCGCUGAUUUCAUCAAGAUUGUACAUUUCAAACAGGCCCGCGAUGGAGUCGCCCUGGAGAGCGUUGAAGACGGGGACCUGGAUUGUAGGGCGAUGGUGCGCAUCCUGCAGGGCAAAGCCUACGACGGCGCAGCGAUUAUGGAGAUCCCGUCAUCGGACGGCGUGUUUGACAAUCUGGCGGCGAGUUUCGCUUAUCUGGAAGGUUGA